AUGGGUAGCAAAAGAGCCUAUGAAUUAGCCGAUAUUCUUCUUGCUUACGGGAGAGGAGGGCUUCCAUCUCAUGGGCGGACUAAUAAAGUUUGGGGUGUCGAUGUUGAUCGUCUCUACUUUCCUCUGUUUGUAAAUCGGAAUCACUGGGUUUUUGUAUGCGUCAAUAUCAUUGGAAAGACAGUUGAAGUAUUUGAUAGCUCGAAGGGAAAGAAUAGGCAAUAUGUGGAGAAAUUUGGUGUUAUGAUUCCUAGGAUAUUGAAGGCUCUUGCGCCACUUGAAGACAAGAAGCAUAUACUCCUGAAAAUGUAA